AUGGAUCAAUCCUCAGUGACUGAAAGGAUUCAAAAUGACUUGGAUACCGUAUCUCGCCCCCACUCAUCAUCCCCAUACCACCGGCCAGGCCCUAGUGGAGCCCACCAUCAUGAGACCCAUCACCACAGGGGGCCCCACCAUCACAGUGGGCUCCGUCAUCAUGGUGGACCUCACUACCAAGACUCUGAAAAUCCCUACUCCUAUCCKUUCCACCACCGUGACGAGGCCCACUACCGUGGCAGGGCUCACCACUAUUCAUCCCCUGGUAAGGGUCUCCCCCAUGGCACUGUCCAUCCUCAACAUUCUUCUGGUGAGGACCACUUAAAUGAUGAGCAUCACUAUGGUAGUAGGAUGCCUCGUGGUGGUGGCUCCCACAUUUCUGGAACCCACCACCGAGGUGGAACCCACUCCCACGGGGAGUCCCACCAGCAUACUGAUUCCUUCCACCGUGGCGGGCCCCACCACCGUAGCAAGCAUCACCAUUCUGGUGGGCACCAUGGUGAGACCCAUCACCUUGGAGAAAAUUUAUCCCAGUAUUCCUCUGCUGCGUUUUACCACCAAGGCGAGCCUCCCCAUCAUCCCCAAGGUGAGCCUCCCCACCAUCCCCAAGGCAAGCCUCCCCACCAUCCCCAUGGUGGGCCCUACCAACAUGGUGAAGACUACCACCAUGAUGAGGCCCGUCUACAUGAACCCCACCACUACAGCAGGCCCUACCAUCCUGAUUCCCACCACCACCGAAGACAUCCUCCUCAUGGAGAGAGCUCCUCUUACCGUUCCUCUGAGGGGUCCGGCUUCCGUGGUGUGCAUCAUCAUGGUAGUCACCACCACAGGGAGCACCCUGGUGAGCACCACCCCGGGGAGAACAAGUUGAGCGGACCAGCAACCACAGAGUCCCGCAAGUCCCGCAGCUUGCUGGGCAGCUCCCCGUCUUAUACGGCAUCCCACUCACCUGGCAUAACUCACACCAGAAGCUGGGGGCACAGCGUGACUCAGUCCCAUGUCACAUUUUACUCAUCCCCCUCUCGGAGGUCCAGCAAGGUUCACCCCCGCAGCUCCAAAGACACACAGAGCUGGAGUGAAGAUGAGCACUUCCAGAAGCGCAAACUGGGCCGAUCCCCGCGGGCCCACAAGAAGAUGCACACUACGGACCUCUUCCAGUGGUUGUGGGAUAAAUUAAGCUACCUCAUUUGGGGCUUCCGGACACUGAUCUGGAGGCUGACCCAGUCCCUGGCCUUUGAAACCUUCAUCUUCCUCGUCGUCUGCCUCAACACCGUCAUGCUUGUAGCCCAGACCUUUGCUGAGGUCGAGAUCCGGGGUGAGUGGUACUUCCUAGUCUUGGACUGCAUUUUCCUCUGCAUCUACGUCAUGGAAGCCCUGCUCAAGAUCAUUGCUCUGGGCCUGGCAUACUUUUUCGACUUCUGGAACAAUCUGGACUUCUUCAUCAUGCUCAUGGCCGUGCUGGACUUCGUGCUCAUGCAGGUCAACUCCCUCUCCUUCUCCUUCUACAACCACAGCCUCUUCCGGAUCCUCAAGGUCUUCAAGAGCAUGCGGGCCCUGAGGGCCAUUCGAGUACUGCGGAGGCUCAGCGUCCUGAACAGCCUCCAGGAAGUGACAGGAACCCUGGGCCACUCCUUGCCAUCUAUCGCGGCCAUCCUUACACUCAUGUUUACCUGCCUCUUCCUCUUCUCUGUGGUCCUGCGGGCACUAUUCCACAAAUCGGACCCCAUGCGCUUCCAGAACAUCUUCACCACCAUCUUCACCCUCUUCACUCUGCUCACCCUGGAUGACUGGUCCCUCAUCUACAUGGACAGCAGGGCCCGGGGCACCUGGUAUAUCAUCCCCAUUCUCAUGAUUUACAUCAUCAUCCAAUACUUCAUCUUCCUCAACCUGGUGAUCGCUGUCCUGGUGGAUAACUUCCAGAUGGCACUGCUCAGAGGCCUGGAGAAAGUAAAACAGGAGAAGGCCGCCCAAAUCCAUGAGAAUCUGCUGGAAGACUCACUGACAGAGCUCAGGCAAACAGAGCCUGAGGAGACAGUGAGCAAGACCACCCUGUGGAAUCAGUUCAUCGACCGAAAGUUUGGGGCCAUGACUGACAAGCAGCGGGAGCUCCAGUUCCAAUUCCUGCAGCUGGUGGCUGGGGUGGAAUAUCAGCAGCAGAAGUUCCGUUCCCAGGCGUCUGUCAUUGAUGAGAUUGUUGACACAGCAUUUGAGGCUGGAGAGGAGGACUUCAAGAAGUGA